CGGGGGAUUGAGGGUUUUAUCGUUCUCUGGAGGUGGGUUAUCUAUCCCCCUCUUUCUUUGCUGUUUCCCCCUUUCUCUGUUCAUUUUCGCAGGGUUUCCGUAAUGGCUUCUGCUGAUGUUGAGUAUCGAUGCUUCGUCGGUGGGCUCGCAUGGGCCACCGACGACCAAUCCCUCGAGAGGGCUUUCAGUCCUUACGGCGAGAUCCUGGAAUCAAAGAUCAUCAAUGACCGCGAGACUGGUAGAUCGAGAGGGUUUGGUUUCGUCACCUUCCGUGAUGAGCAGUCCAUGAGGGACGCUAUCGAAGGGAUGAAUGGGCAGAACCUCGACGGGAGAAACAUUACGGUCAACCAGGCGCAGUCAAGGGGUAGUGGUGGCGGUGGCGGUGGCGGAGGAUUCCGCAGCGGUGGAGGUGGAGGUGGAGGUGGCUAUGGCGGUUAUGGUCGCCGUGAUGGUGGUGGUGGUGGUUACAACCGCAGUUUAGGCGGCCGUGAUCGCGGGUACGGAGAUCGUGGAUCUCGCUACUCGAGGGGCGAUGGGUCUUCUGACGGAAACUGGAGGAACUGAUGUGCCGAAUAUGUUUACGUCUGGGUUUGGGUUGUUGUGUGUUCCUUGGGUUUCCGUAGAUGUUUUUGGAGCUCUUAAUGUUCUAGGUUCUUCAACGAGAGCUCCCGUUUUUGACCGCUGGUUCUUGUCCUUGUGUUACUCGUUGUUAUGGUUGUUCUGAUAAAUCUUAGAAAAAAAGUAGAAUAGAAAGUUAUGGUUUCGGCGCAAA